UUUGAACCGUGCUGUAAAGGUUACCAGCUGUCCGAAUGCCAAUACCGAUAGUCUCUGAUAACAAGAUGUCUUAUCUUUUACUCGAGAUAUAGCCAACCACGCCUCGAAUGAUAUUGCGUUUAGCAUUCUCUUCAGGAAUUGUCCGCUAAAACACGUCUGGGGAAAAGCGCGCAAGGGUUAUUCUGUUCAUACAAAGAUUCGGGGGGCUCCCGCUACAGACGCAGAGGUGUGUGAGAAAAUAUGUGAUUAUAGGUUGUUUGUAUUCCUUGAAUCAUUUAAAUAACAAGUUUCCUUUGUUUUCCCAACCUAGAACGUUCUUCGCAAAAUCAGGAGGAUCUUAAGCAGAUUUCGCCGCAAACCUUCAACGCGUGUGCGAUUCUACGUAACAUAUGUAAGUAACACACUACUUUAAAGUGCCUCAGCAAUGUGUUGAUUCGACAAAGAGCAGCCAUACUUCGACCACGGCUUAGCAAAUACGUCAUCAGAUUUACAUAUUUGUGAUAAAGUCUGCUGAACUCCAGAUUAUAUAAAAUUCGCGCAAAUCCUUACACACCGUAUUAUUUACUAAUUACAAAAGACAAUGAAGUGUGUUAAAAAAACGGGGCGAUUACCGAGGUUUCUUAACAACCUUUGAAAUGUUUCAAAAAUAAUUCAGACAAAUGGUUACGCUUGAGAGUAUUACAUGACCUCUUGAACAAAUCAGUACCCGAAUUUCGCUCGAAAGUUAAGUUGAUUAAAUGACCGUGUUUGGUAUUAAAUGCCUUUUCUUGAAAUGCGACUCGACCAGUUAACUUCCUUUGUAUUUUUGCUCUUGAAUUUGAAGUUAAUGAGUUCGUGAAAGGACGUCAAAACCGUUAUCGAUUUCAAUGAAGGAUUACAUCGUUCGCCAUUUAUAUUCCACGAUGCAGCAACAUACUAGCUUGUUGCUUCUUUUCUCCAUGUCAGUAUAUUAUUUUCGUGGUAGUUCAGUCAUGCGGAAAGACUUUUGUGCCCACGCAUGGAAUGUCAGAUCGGAACUCAGCUAAUUUAUAGAGUACACCAAUUUUACAUGCAUGUACACUUGGCUAACAAGACUAGGAAGUCUAAAUCUAGUAGUUGUGAUGUAAUCUUAAAGGCAAUGGUCGGUAACUCAGUUACAAAUUUCUGUUAUAAUAAUAACAGAUCGUUGUUAUAAUGUGAUCUUGUAUUAAAAUACAAACUAAUCAGGUCGCCAUUUUAUGUCUACGCAAACCAAUUUGUAUUUUGGAACUAAUGGUAUAUGGAAGUAUACUGUGUCACGUAUUUUGUAUAUAUGUGGCCGGAAAGGUAUAAUGUCCCAAACAUUCCUUAGGGUUGUUUUUGUACGAUUCCGUAAAUCAGAGCCAAAAGAUCGAUUACAACAAAGGCUAGAUCUUACAGGCAGCCAAUUUAUUUUUUAUCCAUUCAAUAGCUGGUCUUUACUGGAUGAACAGUACAAUUAAUGCUAUGAACAGUUUAUCUAAUUUAAAAUACAAACUGUAAGAUACACAUACAGUAUGUCUUUCAAAAUACAGCGCGCAUAAUUAAUAUUCCACUGUUUUCGCUAAUUGCGUGGUUGCGCUUGACAGGCAAGGCUCCAUUUGGUUUUGCUGAUAGGAUUUUAACAAUCAAAGUCGCGAUUCCCAGCAGCGCUCAAUGAGAAGCAGGCGUUCACGGCGCGACAUCAAGGUGCUAGCUUACGCCAAUUCGUUGCGCUAUUAUUACGAUUUGUGCGUCGGAAAGUUUCUAUUUUCGCGUGUGCGCACCUGUUCGCGAUUAGCAUAAAAUACGAAACGCUCUUCAUUUCCUCGCGUAUAUUCAUGCGUUUUGGAGUUAUGUGACACAUUCUUGCGUCGACAGUCUAUAUAUGCAUGCGCGCAAAUCAUCGAGCCAAUCUCCUACGCGCGGGGUGAAAUGGAUUUUUAACCCAAAGCAGAUGCGCGAGUUAUAUACACGGGUUAGGACAUGUAAACAUGCUACUCAGUAAGCUGAUAGCUGGCGUCAAAGAGAGGUCUUAACAGCCCUACCACAGGCAAACGGGGAGAAAACACUACACUGGUUUAAUCUAAAGAACUGUUCCUUGGUAAAAGCUUUGCUUGCUUGCCGUUUUGGAAACAGGUAUGAGACAUUGCGGUUUGAAGGUAAAACAAGUUUAAGGAAACGUGUAGUAAUCGUGUUUACUUUACUAAAUUCUCCGACGCAAAGUACAGUACAUUGUCAUUGUUCUUCUGACAAAUGAUGCUCACCUUUACUUAAUCUUAAUCCCGGAACACUUGAUGUUGAUAGUUUAAUGGAAAGCCGGGGACAUAAGCAUGUUUCUAGAGCUAUAUAUAUCCGGCAAUUCACGGGCUGGUUACGUUGUUUGUUUCUCUUAGAUGCCGCGCAUUUUUAGGGUUUAAUUUAAUAUGUUUAUUGCGCUGCAGUGACAGAGAUUACCGAGUAUUUUUAUCAAAAGCAUGCAGUGAACAAGCUCGCUCUUGACUUAUCAAGCGGCAAGCCCAUCGCGCAAACGCAGCUUUCACGGAUGCUACACAAUAAACAAUCAAUUUGAGUACUGAGAUUUUCGCAUCUGAUAAUAGUCUUCGAGAAGCCUUGAGCGAUCAUUGAAGAAUAUUUUCCAAACCACGCAAUCUCUAUUAGUAGAGCUGGUAUUUUAACGACAUAUAUAUAUUUGAUAGUCUGCGUUGCAGUCCCAAUUUUAGACUGGAUUGGUCAAUUGAUGGGUGGUGGUAAACUUUAGAAUUGUUUCCAGAAAACAAGAAAGUUGAAUUCAAUCUCUCCGUUUUACUUAUUUCUCUUCAAAUACAAUGCGAUACUACUUGAAAUGAAAAGCGUUUGUCUGGCCGUCACCUGUUGCGUGGCAAUCCCGGCUUUCCAAAACCUACCUAUAAGCUUACUUAGAAUAACGCUGUCUGAUUUCCACUUGUUGUUUGUAUAUGCAUAUUACCAGCUGAGUUAACAGAUACAGAUAAACAUAACUCGUGGUAUAAAUUGGCCACCAUCGUAGCCUGAAGACGAAUUCCAAUGUCUGCGCUCAAAAGUUGUCCUACAGAUAAACAUAUCUCAUGGGAUAAAUAGGCCACCAUCAUAGUACAAUGCCUGGACUCAAUAGUUGUCCCUGAUGUUUUUAUGAAUGGAGCUAAUCGGCUAUAUACAUACACUCAGACAUACAAUACUUGGUUACCUUUGUUCCAUUCUAUGCUUACAUUGUCAAAACAAACCGGAUAAAUUGACUCACAUGUCUAUGGUUACCGCGAAAAUAUGAAUUGAGUAAUCAGGUGAAUUAGCCAAUUACUGUAGGUCUAUUUAGCUAAUAUUUGUAAAACAUCGGAGCAUAACUAUUCCUAACAGGAAUUCACGUAAGGAUUUCAAGAGAAAUUCCCACAUCUCUUCACAUAUCAAUGUUGAUUUUAUCUUUAUUACUAUCCCAAAAAUUGAGAUGGGUGGGGCAUUAGGUUACGGUUAGGGGGUCGGGGAAUUGACCAACUUACCUUGUUUACUAGUAUGUAGAAUAUACCCUAGUCCCUUAUACAUAACCUUUAAUGUGGACCAACAUGUGUCUAUAUUUAAUACUAAUUCUAUUUUCUAUAUGCAAUUAAUUUUGCGUAUGUUCCUCCAGAAAUAUUGACAUCUUGAUUCUUGUUUACUUUCUAUGGCUUAGAAACGUGAUUUUCUGUACAUCAUUCUGAGAGCAGUUUAACAAUCUCAUAAAUAGUGACACAAUGACAAUUUUAUCAUCACUCCAAUCCUAAGAAUUGCAGGAUUAUUUCAGGAUUCAAUAUUAUCAGGUCCAUAAUAUAACGGUGUUUGUGGUAAUAUUUGGGACGCUAAGCUAUACUAAUCCUGUUAUUGGGGUACUUGUGCACCCCACAGCAACCUCCAACUUCUUACGCCAUUGUAGGGCAAGAAGAAUGCUCUCAACUGACUCGGUCGACUUAUAGUUAUAGCUAGUUCUCACACACCGCUGGGAGCUGCUGCAGCGUCAGCCGCAAGCUGAGCAUUUAUUAAACUACCAUACAUUACAAUUGCUCGCUACAUAAUUACUAUAACAAGUACAUAUACCCAGUCCAAAACCGUUCUGUUCCCCUACUCUCUACUAAUAAACGUAAAAGGGCUGGGUGGGUGGGAUACUGUCAAACUACGGUGAGCAACAACAAAAAUAUGCUCAUAUAACCUGCACCACCCUGUAACACCCUGAUUUCAUCAGGCCCCCAGCAGUGUGUGAGAAAACAUUUUCCGCUUCUUUCGUGCCUCAGCCAGCGGAAAAUAACACUUAUAUGCCUGAUAUUUUUAAAUUUUGGUCCCCCAUUUUAACAUGUCAGAUAAUUUAUAACGACCUACAGCAUGUAGGCUGUAUCAGAUUAUUGUACUUGCUUUUAAAUUUUGAGGUUUAUUCUCUUCGAGGAUAUUCGUUAUAAUUUUAAUUAAGAGCAAUUAAUUAUAAAUUUAAGAAUCAGUUAUGAAGUGUGGAAAGGCAGUUUGGCCGAAAAUCUUCUUAAAUGAUCUCGAAGUAUGUGGGAGAGGACCCUUAGUACAAUAUUGUGACAGCUAUAAAAUAGUGUCAGCAAUCACUCCAAUCAGCUCACUCAUUGGUUACAAGUGCAGUGCAAUUUUAUUGAGCAUGUGAUAGCUACGUGUCAAAAAUCAUUCGGUGAAAUUUUUGACAUUUUUUAAAUUUCUGAAAAAAUGUAUAUCUUUUUUUUGUAAUUAUUAGUAAGUAAUAAGAUGGCAUGGUAGAUGGGAUUUUUUGAUAAGAUUUUUAGAUGGAAUUUUUGCAAAUUUAUAUGCCCUGUUUUAGAGCCUGCUUAUUAACUUUAGUAAGGGGCCGAUUACAUGGAGAACUUUCAACCCCAGGGUUGAACUCAGCCCUGUUAACCGGGUUGAAAUUUUUUGCGAAUACAUGGACGAUUUCAACCCCGGGGUUGAAACGCUAUACUAUACGUUCUCGGCAUCGAUUCCCGGAAGUAAACAAGCCUUUAUUUUGUUUUCUUGUAAUAAAUAGUCACUACGACGUAUGCUCGAAUAACUCAUGAUAAUUGUUAGCUAGCUGAAGCAGGGUUGAAAUUUCAACCCCGGGGUUGAACUCAGCCCUGGGUUGAAAAUUUUGUCAUGUAAUCGCGCGUUUGAUUUUGAUAGAGUUUUGUAUUACAGACAGGGCUGAAAUGUCAACCCAGUAAACAGGGCUGAGUUCCACCCCGGCGGUUGAAAAUGCUCCAUGUAAUCGGCCCCUAAGGACAUGUGAAAUUGUUGAUCGAAAAUAUGGACCUGUACCUCUAUAUGCCGGUGUUUUUACGAAACUGACGAUGACCUCACGAGUGCCACAGUAUGGGCUCAAGUACCAGACCAACUGUGCAAUAAUGAGGAUAGUUUAUAUUUGCCACCAAUGUCAGACCUCAAAUAGUAGCUUGUGUUUUUCUUAGAUUUUCCUUGAAUUAAAAAAUCUACGUAUGGAGACGACUCUCGGCACUCGAUUUUGGAUUCUUUAUUUUUCAUUUGGGUGCAAAAAAUGUUUGGCAUCUACUUGGCCUCUUCAUUGAGAUAAAUGUUUGAAAAUUUUCAUUGAUUUUUUUGGGGGAAAUUGAUUCUAUGCAGAGUUUUUUAUUUGUGAUGUAAACAUCAUUAUCAGAAGAUAACCUAAUUGUAGUUCUAACAAUGCAUUAAUUAUUCUAAUGAAUCGUGAAAUGGAGGCGGUUGUAAAGCUGAUAAAUUAUAUAACCAUGCUAUCAGUAUCCGCUUAUGGCUUCUUUUCACCAAAAAGUAGUUUGGCCUCUUUUGGUAGAUUUUGGCUACGAUAUGUAGCUCUGAGCAUGCGCUGGAGUUUAUUAUCCCGGAGGUGUUGUCUUUCGUAAGUAGACUUGCUCCAAGUCUCUCUUAUAUUGUACGUUACAUGACGUCAUGUAACGUACAAUAUAAGAGAGACUUGGAGCAAGUCUAUUCGUAAGCUGAGGAAUUAAACUGGGCAAUUACCAUGCAAAUAUCAUAAACGCGGGCAGUUUAUAGGAUACAGAAUACAACGUACGUUAGUACAUCAUAAUGCCAGGAACACUUCAGAUAUGUAAUAAUCUCAAAAUAAGCAGCUCAGUAGCAAACAUAUCAGGUCAAGGGCAAGCUUACUAGUUCCGGCUGUUGGCCAUGAAAAAGGCCGCGACACGAAAUUUCAAGGUCAAAGAGCCUGGAACUAGUUACGGAAGAUGCAAAACAAUUUGCUGUAUUCACCUGAUUCAUAUUUUGAAACAGGAGUACACAUAUGAAAAUAUCUUACUUAUAUUUAAAUUCACGCUGUACUUACAAAUUUGCAAUGAAAACAUUUUAAAAAAAAGUGUGUUGAAAAUUUUUUUGACACAGUCUGAAGUGUUUUGAGAUAAAAAUUACCCUACUUCGUGUUAUGAUAUAACUCAAUUCAGAACGGUUUAGAGGUACGUUUACACGCUGCGCCUUGCGUAUACGAUUCGUAUUCUGACGUAUGAAAAUUGCUGUUUACGGCACAAUUCCUCUUCGUUUAUAUUCGAUUACAUACGCCAACGAAUGGUAAGCGCCAAAUCGCAGCGUGUAAACGUACCGUAAAACCGUGGUAUGGUGAGAGUAGUAUGGCACACUCUCUUUAGCAUUUUCCAGUGAUAUUCGAUGUACUUUUCAAGCAGUACCUUGAAAUCUCAACUUUUUGUACUUACGCAAGGACAUGCCUUGCGUGUUCCCCUGGCAAUAAUCGGAAAUAAUCGAGCAAAUCAGGAUAUCCGAUCGUAUAAAGUUAAGUUACUUUGAAUCAAAUCAUGCUGGACGCCAUGUAAUCCUAUCUACUCCCCACUGAUCUCAACUAACUUAGUUUAAAUUGCGAUACGAUAUGCCCGCAAAAUACAAGGUGGGUGAGGCCCGCAGUUCAGCCCGAUCGUACGCAUGGGAAGAGGAGGUACGACUACUUGGGUUUACCUAUCUUUCAGGCUUCGAUUCCUGUACUGUAGAAUGCAGUUGCCUGAUUAUAAUCUCGUCUCAAUGAUAUGACUUUUACUGUAAUAACUGUAUAUUGUAUUUAAAUAGUUUAACAACUUUAAUUUUUUUACACCUGUCAUUUGGUUUACAUAUAUAUGUAUUUAUAUAUUUACAUUGUAAUUUCAUUGUAUUUUUAUGCCAAUGAUGGAUAUUUCAUUAAAAUUCUAAAAAAAAUUGCAUGUGAAAAGAGCGAGUCCACCGAACACACCGCAACGUUUGUCCUGACCUGCUUACGCAGCCGUUCUCAGCCGCAUUUGCUAUAAGAGGAGCACCUGCUAGGCAGGCUACUUUUCUCCUGAUAUUUACUAUUUAGUGUCAAUAUAUGUCCAUGCAUGUGUACUAAUUACUGGCAUUUCUGUUUACGCGAUUUCAAAAUGCGGACGGAAUUGUCGUUGUACUUGGGAAGUCAUAGCACUGUACUUUUCUUUUCCGGUUGUUGUUAUAUUCCAAAUCGGAAAUUGUCCUUUAAAUAUAUUGUCUCCUCUGAAGUAGACAAGAACCUCCUUUCCAUUUUAAAAAGGCUGUUGAACGGAUAUUGAAACAGAGGAAUGUCCCUGAUUAAGUAAACACGGUCAACAUGUAAAUUUGUGAGCAUAAUUUGGACAUAAGGGAAUCGUUGACUCGAAUUUAGUUGAUGUACGUUUCUUAAGCUAGAAGUAGAAAAGAAAGCUAAAAGUAAGUGACCGCUGUGUAGCUGUCAUGCGGACUAAUGUUUGCUCCAUUGAUGGUUUGGUCCGUUUAAUUAAUUAAUUAAUUAACUAACUUACUAACUAACAUAACAGUAAGUAACUAAUUGCCUCAUUAUAUGUGAUUUAUGUCACUAGUUUAAUAUCAUAGUUAACUUCAGAUACGUUUACUUCACAGCUAGUCAAAUAUCUCACAGCAUUUAUAAUUCAUGAACUGGGAAGAUUAUGGAAAGAUUAUGCUUAUACUAUAUAGUGUUGAAAUGCAGGACGAAUCAUUUCCUAUUUACAACCGAAAAGGUUUCAAAAUUUGUACCUUGAAGUAUCUUAAGUCUUAACUGAGAAAUAUUCUCAAACCCAUUAUUGACCAAACUGAAAGUCAUUAUUUAGUAUAGUACAGUCACUUUGCUGACUUCGAAAAUUAAUGUGGGUAAUGGGUGCUGAAAGUGAAAUCACUUUUGAAAGAGUAUCCCAAAGUUAGCAACACAUUUAUCUUUUCUCACUAGCUUUUGCAUGAAAAUACUAAUUACAAAUUAUUUUGUUUUGACCCACAAAUUAUUUUGUUUUCACCACAAACCUUCAAACUCCACACCUUUCAUAUAGUUACGAUUUAUUAAAUUCAUUUUCCACACCGAGUUUUCCAAAGAUGGACAAUUUAUAUAACUGUGUGGGCUUGCAUGGCGAUCCUGCCAGUUAUGGAUCGACUGCCUUGCCAGAAUAUUCGUGUCAAGACAAAUCAAUUAAACUUUGCCAAAAUAGCUAUUAAAUUUGGGAUGCCAAUCACCUUUCACUCUCAUUGAUAAAUUUUACAUCAUCGUAUAUGUUUCAACUGUCGUGGUAAUUUUUCUAUCUUUCGUCGCUCCUAUACGUGCAAUUAAAAUGUGUAGGUGGGGUCUAACACACCUUCCUGAUUGAAGGCACUUUUGCUGUCCAAAAUAUCUUUCUACAUUGUGUUUGUAAUAAUGUAGCUUUGUCUAUAUAUAGGUAGAUACUCGUCAUUCUUCUGCAACUUGCGAUGUUUCUCGUAUAAUAAACUUAAUAUAUGCCAAACCUGAUUUAAACUUUCAUGGAUUUGGAAGAUAACUGUUAUACAGAAAUGCAUGACUAUGAGAUAAUAGUAGAAUAUUUUGUGAAAUAAUUCUCAGAUAACAAAACUUAUGCAAAAGAAACAUGAAGACUCAUGAUCUUAGAAAACAGUUGGUUUAAAUUAAUAAAAAAAUAUUCACAUCAUUUAAGACACGUUAUUUGUCACAUUUACAUAAGUAGCAGAUUAUUCUAUCAUUGUCAUUGAUAAACCUAUUUUAUAUGCAAUGCCUUAAAGUUAGAAUGCCAAUCUGGGGCCCCAAUAUAAACAUAAAAAAACUGGGGAACAAAUAUUAGAAAUAUAUUAGACGUAUUAGUGGAUUUUUAAUUUUUUUUAAUCUGAUAUAUCACAAUUAAAUUUUAAUAUAAUGGAAAGUAUUUAGAACGAAGAACGCCUCGAACCUACCAGAAGGCCACAAGGUUAUCAAUUCAAACUAAUUAAUAGUAUACUAAUGACGUCAGAACAAAUAAAAUCGGUCUUAAACUUUUGUUGCAGUUCACAAAUGACAUUUUAAUCAGAUUCUCUGGGCAUAUAUUUUUUGAUGUUGAAAAAUUCCGAAAUAAUUUCACGUUUUUGCUAAUGAAAACAAAAUUUUGAUUUGUAAUGCAUGUAAUGAAAACUAUUGUAGGUACGUGGCUUGUAGCAAAGCGCUGACAGCAUGCGUAUUAUUUGACCUUUAGAAUGAUUGGGAUAAUAUUUUAAAUGAACUGAAGAAAUGCUUGCAUGUCAACAAUUUACCCACACAAUUGACAUGUUUUCACGUGAGAGCAUUCAGUCACGAAAUCUCGAUUCCAAGUCGAUAAGCUCAGAAUCAUUUCUGGAGACAGAUCAAUAAUCCAAAAAUGCUUGAAUCUUGAAUUGAAUAAUCCUUGAAAUUACAUGAGUGAUUCAGGAAAUUGACGAUUCACGUAUUUUCAUAGCGAAGUAAGUAAAUUAUGGGGUUUUGACCUUUUAGGUAAGUUGGGCAUUAGCCUCGAUUUCAAUGAAUCUGAGACGUAAUAACUAUAGACUAACACCUGUAACACUAACUAAUAACUAUAGACUAACUUCACACUGGAUAGUGAUAUUUAUCUAGCUGCUCCACUUGCAACUCAUUAUAGAGGUCCAGUAAGACUAAGGGCCAUUAAUUCGCGGCAGGCCACUCAGUGCUCCUGUUAACUCACGAUGUUGGGUGCCUCCCCGACUCAUCCCCGGCUUUGAUGGCCCUUUGAUACGCAUAUAUACAAAACCAUUCCCAGACAUUCAAAAUGAGUGAGAACAUGAGUAACAUACAUCACAUCUUAUGUCUAUGGUCAAACCCCCCCCCCCCCAGAUAUCAUGUUUGAAUGAAUGAAAUCAAACAGUCAACAAUCAGACUUCAAUCAUAAAACUCAUUCACCGCAAAAACCGAAAUGCAUGUGAUUGAAAAUAUUAAAAUUUUCGUACUCUUUACCUUCUGUUCUGCUGGUAAACACAAAACAAAUGCGGGUCUAGAAAUACAUCAUCUUGUAGUCAUUAAUAAUUCAACGAAGGAACAUCACAAAGACUUUUUAUGGAAUUGCAUGAGAAAAAUGUAGUUAUGCGUGUGAGCGUGAAAUAGAUUCCAAAUGUGUGUGUUGUAACUGGAAAGUCUGCAUUCCUGUAAAAUAUGAGAAACCAUUUUGGAAAAUAAACCUGACCUACUCCGAGCUCAUACGAUGCUUCUUAACAUUGCUAUGAAGACAACAAGACGUAUUCCUAUAAGACCUUUCCAUUAUUGUAGUUUUUUAACUACAGUAUAUACAUAGUCAUAGCCAGUGGGCGUUAUGAUUGGAUUUUGUCACUCUUCAUGGUAUCUUUAAAAACAAGAUGUUUGUAAAUUUUAUUACUUGCUAUUUCAUACCAUAUGUUUUUCCUUUCUGCCAGUAAAAUAUGAUAAAAGGUGACAAAUUUAUACACUGACAACGCAUGUCAUUUCUUAAGUGGCUCCUUGACUUUCACUAAUCUUGUGCACGUAAAUUUGAGAAAUUCUAAAAUCAUUAAUUUUGUCAAAUAAAAUAAUCACAGCGAAUCGGUAUGUUGAAACAUUUGAAAAAACCUUAGUUGGUGCCACCAUGUGAUAAGCAUGCCCAUUUCGCUUACAGUUGUCUUGUGAUGUCGCCUUAGUCCCGACUAUCUGAGAAGCCGAAGUGUAUUUCCAGUUUGACAGUUCAACACACGAUCAGAGACACACGAUCGUCAACUUGAAAUGCCGUGGCACUUAUGAGGACAUGAAAAAGAUGCGUGCUAUAACUGUUUUCACUGCAAGUUUUUGCCAUCAAUCGUAAGGUCAAUACAUAUAGUGAAAAAUUUAACCACUCCAAUAACUGUAUUUCCUUUUCAGAGAGUUGUCCCGCACUACGCGCUGCCGCAUUACCUCACUUGGUACCCUGCAUAUAUACCACAUGACAAAAUGGGAUGGCCUUUGUAUACUGGGGGGGGGGGCAGUUGUUCAAAGUACGAUUAUAGCGUUAAGUCGUUAACCCUGGGUUAAAAUUUACCAUUAUUUUGUGUGUUUCUGCACGUGCGUUUAUUUCAAAACAUUCUAUUGAUGUAACAACCGUGAUCCAGCCUCGAACGAAUUGUAAGCUAACUCGGUUUUGAACAACUGGCCCCUGUACCCUUAUAGAACUGAAACAGCUAUACCCUGCAGUGUAAAUAAAGUAAGGUUUUCGAGGGAGUUGGAAAAUAGACGAUCACUUUUAAAGAAGGCUAUAGUCCUUUAGAGUUUAGUUCCUGUCUUAUAAGAAAAGCCUUAUCAAAAGGGUGCCCAAUUUAAGGAAACUGUAGACAGCUUUAAGAUAUGGGUGGAGCACACUAGUAUUUUGUAAGUACAUGGGUUUACCACAUGCUGAAAGAGUGAUUCAGUAAUUACAUGCACUCUAGAAGUUUCCUUGAUUAUGAAGUAGCAAGACUUUUCUAAUAUUGUGUCUCCGAAAGAGGUGUACACCAUCUGCAUUCAUAGUGAUCAAGGUAUACUCUUUGACCAAGGAAUUUUUAAUGUAUAGAUAUUAACGUUUUAGGGGGUGUAAAACUAAGAAAUAUACUAUAUAAUCCUGUGUUUUUUGAUCAGGUUCCAAUUUUUUUGAGCCAUCGGAAAUUAUAGUCAAAACAGGUACUAAAUAUAACGUAUAACAGUAUUGCAUAAAAUAAUUAAGCGCGUUUAUAGACCGUUGUUUGGAUAAACAUAAGUCUUCAUUUGUGCUAAACAGUUUUGAAAAAUUGUUCAACAUGUUUUUGCCAAAAAUCGUGCCAAAUGAAUCACGAUUAAAACCUUCAAUCAGUUUUAUAAAAACAAUGCCUCCAUGCAUUCUGCUUUGAAAGACAAUCAGUCUCUUGCCCAAAACACCAAAUUUCUUUGAUUUGUAUUUAGCGCAAACCGAUAUAUAUAUGCCAUGGUUCUGCAGAGCAACACCGUGAAGCCUGAAUAAUAUAUAUAUAUAUAUAUAUGCAAUUAAAUAUAUGCCUCGUCCUUAAGGCUAUUUACUGUUGUCAACUCCCUGCAAUUUGGUCACAUUUUUAGUUUUUAUUCGCCAGUGGCGAUAACAUUCCCACACGCAAUUUCAAUUUCGUAGUAGAUAAAAUCAGGAGAGUAGCGAGUGACGUGCUUUAACAGACAAUCAUACGUUCUCUAUUUUCACGAUAAUGAAACUAUCCCACGCAAUUUGCUUUUCUGAUAGAGUUUAUUAUGAUUCAUGAGCGUCGCUUCUCAAACUCAUGACUCCAUGAGUCAUAUGAGCAAAACACAUUGAACAAAAGAUUGGGUUUAUUAUAUUAUUUUUAAAGCGCCUCCUUAAGCUUUUUCAACACAUUUUUCAAAUUACUUUCUCAAUACAUUCAUGCAGUGACGUAGCUAGCCAUAUAGCAACAUGUCAUUCUAUGCACAUUUUUAAUGAUUUGCGCUAUUCACACCUUUAGAAAUGUAUAUUGUCUUUAACCUAUUUAGACGCAGGUUUAUUAGCAUAACAUGCACGACCAGUUGCCAUGGCCAGCUUCGCCACCGAGUUCAUGACCAGAACUUAAAGCGAAUCAUCGAUCAACACUCUGCCGUUUACCACUCACAAGUCCCUUAUGGCCUUAUAUGAAAGUGGCUUAUAGUACCUGAAACUAUUUUUUAAAAUUCGACUAGCUUCUACACCUUUCGGGGAAUUUCAGAAAACUAGUGAUAUGCUAGACAGCUGCCGCUGUGAAGAAUAGACUCCAACUACCUGAAACUAAUCUGAGCAGAACUUCAUCGUUUCGACCGUUCGAGAACUAAUAUACUACUCUCUCAAAAAAUCUUGAACGCGUGGUCGUGAUUAAUACGAUACUUGAGGGAUUACCGUGAUUACACUACCUGAUAAACAUUGGCCAAUCAUCCCGAUCUAGUUCGGGAGAUUGCUCCACUUUUUUACACAAACUUGCACUCAAAACACCCCUCAACAAUUAAUAUACCACUCUGUUCAAAACAAUAGAUUAGUUUAUCAGAUAUUAAACUGGGGUUUGCGCCCUAGGAAUCAGGUUUCGUUGUCAUGUUGAUAAGAUUGAACGCUCAUCUGAGUAAGCAAACUUGCAAGGGUAAACAAUGUUAUGUGGCAUUGCUAGGGCAUUGCAUUUGACGUGUGCCGCCAAUGUUGUGAGAACCCUAGGGGGUCAGGGCACAUCUCCUUGGAGAAAUUUUGAAUUUCUAGCCAGGAUCUCUACAAGAACUACAUAUCUCGCAUUCUGACACGAGUUCUAAGGAGAAAAAUCAUAGCCACUAUAAAAAUCCAUUUUUACUGUUAUUCCAGACAUUGCAACCCCUCCUCUCCCUCACUUGUGGACAUCAUUUGAGGGGAGCCCCCCCCCCCCCCCCACCUCCUUUGGCCAUGCCACUCUUCCCAGCACAGCAUUCCAGUGACCGAAAGGAUUACAUAACACUGAGGGAAUCAUAAAAAAGCCGAAACCAAACCGUGUUUGACCUUUGUUUUCGGAAACCAAAAACAUAAAAAAGUUGUUUAGAAAACUUAGAAAACCAUUUGGGAAAAAAAUGGGCUAUAUUUAUUCGCUGGCUGACAUUUUUGUCGCUUUUUAUAGCUGCGCCUGUGUAUUUUUGAAUUUUGGUUGAAUUUUUUUAAAAAUGUAUGACGACGCUUUGCUCUUUGACUUUGGUCACAAAAAAUCUUUAAUGUGAACCAGACUUUGUAUAUCAAAGAAACUCUCACAAUGAAACCAGCAAGCCACAGUCCUUAUAGUUAUUCAUAUAUCUGAAAAGAAAAGAAAACCAAUAUUGGGUAACACUAAACGUUCAGAAUUAAAUUUAUUAAAGCAAAAGUCUUCAAACGAAUUUCAAACUUUUUCAGUUGAGCCGAAAAAAGGCUUGACUUUUUAAUCCAGUGUCUAUAUCUUGGGUUUCCAAUGCGCAUUUUUCGAAAUUUGUAACAUGACAAACUAUGGCUAACAAAAAAAAUUUAAAACUUUUCGUCAGUUGGUGAGUAGGUUACCAUAGAGUAUAGGAGGUUAGAUGGCUACUCGCCUCUUGACGAUUUCACCAACUUGCACAGGCCCACGGCAGCUUAUUGUAUCGAACUCGAAUAGUACCUAUAUGGGCCGACUCAAACUUAUAAUAGCAAAAUGCAUUUGUGUGUAAUUCCACUCAAUAUUUUCUACAAGACCGAGGACAAAAAGAGCAAAGCUUGGAAUUGCAUAUGUAUAUAUAUACUCAUCGUCUCUCAAAACAACUUGCUUACAUUCCAUGAACCGCAAGGGGUCGUAUCAAAACAAUACGUUGAUAUAAAACGAAGUUCAUUGCUUUCGCCUAAACCAAUCGUAGUGUCCGUGAUUUGUGUUACGGAAGUUGACAAUAAUGUAAGAUGACACCUCAUUGUGCUGCGACCCACUGUGCCUGAUUGAAUUGAAGGCGGAGACUAAUAUUGCCACAAAUAGUUAAUUGCCAUUAAUGUAUUGGGUUUCGAAUUUGGUUCAACUGGACACUACUUACCUUGGCGCUUUAUAUACACCAAGCAAAGUGUAGUUUUUUGGCGUAGUUACAUCGUAGAAGUAUUAAUACUAACACUUAGUACUGGUAAUACAGUUUACGAAAGGCAGACGAGUGAGUAUUUGGUAUAUCUCAGCGUUGGUGCUAUUGUGGCAAACAAUACCAUAUGCGAUAGGUCUAUUGUGUAUUAUUUAAUUUACACAUUAGCCAAAGAAAGCUGUCCGUUUGCUUUAUUUACUCACGUUUUGAUCACACGGAUGUUACGAAUUAACGAAUUGUACCAUCUACAUUAUUUGCUUUCUGGAUAUGUCAAUUCAAUUGGUUAUUAAAUACCAUAUUGUUUGUUCAACUUUAGUGUUCGUCGAUCAAUUCUGAGGAUUCCCACUAUUAUAUGGACGCUGAAUUAUAGUCGAAAUAAUGUACCAUACUUUGGCAAGCCUGUGGCGAGUGCUUCUCGUUUUGGCCAUCUUGAUAUCGUGUACUUUGGCGGUUUUGGGUAAGUGUUCUCUGUUUACUAUUAAAAAGCAUUUUGUGAGACGUGUUAAACUUCGAAUUCCGCUCCUUUCUUGUCGGAUACGCUCCAGGAAACAUGAAUUACCUCUUGAAUCGCCCUCGAAUUCCUGACACUCGAUAUUUUAAAAGCCACUCUCGGUUAAAUGCCUUUUCGUUUACUAGGCAAAGUCUUAAAUGCCGUAUUCAAUACAACCAUCUCAUAGUAGACUACCUUUGCUGUUAUCUAUUGACCAUUGUAUCAUAAGACAUGGACAUAUUUUGGCAUGGACCUUAAUUGUUCAUACCUAAAUUUUCCAUUUGUGCAAUUGUCGGUAUUUAACAUAACUUCGAUAACAGAAUCGUUCAGUAUUGAACCGAAUUCGGAAAACACUUAAACGUUUCCUAAUUUUGAGUAUAUCGCUCAACAGACAACAGAACACAUUGUUGAAGAUUUUUAUGGAACGAAAAUUCCAAGCGAAUCUAUAAGCGUAUAGUAAAUGAUAUAGACCUAAUUGAGGUCUUAAAUAUUAUGUACAUCGUUUUUUCGCACGUACGACAACCUUUUCGCGUGAGCCUUGGUACCCUCAAACUCCAUAGCAAUUGGUCGAACUGUUUACAUAUAGGGGCAAUUGAAGCUUACAACCUCCACCAAGGAAAUUAGUGCUGUAUUACGGCUCGUUUUUUUAAUAAAUGCUGUUUUAUUAAUCCAAGGCAAGUUCAUUUCACUAAUUGGACUUUUGCGGAACAAAAAUAAUCAGGAUUUUUAAAGAACGAAGCAACGAUUACUCCUAUUUGGCGCUAUUUAUCGUGGUCUUAUUCUUCAAUUGUGCUUUAUGUAUUCAAGUACGAACAAAAUGACUCGCUUGAUUAAUGUUAAGCGGUGUAUUUUUGAUCCGAAGGUUCGUCUUCCCUUGCCAAGUUUUUGCGCAAUCUGUAACCCCUGUGUACGAGCAUCAAACUUUGCCGAAAUAGCUGACCAGCCUCCUUAAAUAUAACAGACGCCGUAGUGUCGCAAGAAUGCAAUUGAACAUUUAGCAACAUUCGUCAUAAGUUAUCUCCGAUCUGUUACGAAAGCCGCAUUACACAGUAUGAUGUUUGCGUGGCUGUUUCGUACCCUUGUUCGCUUUUCUAUGGCAAUUUGCGCCUGUCAAACGUACUUGUGUUCUCAGACAUUCUGAAAGGUUUGCGUUAAAUUGCCACACAAAAGCAAGGACGAACGUCCAUUUUCUGCGAAGCGGGCAAAAUCUCGCCCGCAGCGAGGGCGUUUUGAUCAUGGUGCGCUCACACGGUGUACAGCAUAAUGGUUUAAAACAAUGCAUAUUCGCGGGAACAUUGAGUUACACCUAGGUUAUUAUAAUAGACACAGCGAGUUCCUUUAUAUUCCGAAUGGGUGGCAAUAUUGUACUGUGGAUUUUUAUUGCCGGUUAUUACUCAUGCUGGAGCGUGAAUUUUCCUUAACAUUGACAUGGUUCCCUUCACUGUAAAAAUACAACAGUCUAUAUAACUAUAUCUAAAAGCUAAGGCCAAGAAAGGCUGUGUUGCGCGUUUUCGCUGCGAAUUAAAAUAAGCACGAACAACCAUAUGAAUGCUUGCACAGUAUUUGGUUAUGUUUAGGUUUGCCUUUGUUGAGGUGAUUAUUGCAUAUAUAAGAUUUUAUGAUUUAUGCUUUAUAACCAAGGCAUAGCAGCUUUUAUAGCGCGUAGAACGUAUACAUCAUAACACUUCAUUUUAUGUCGCACAUUUUUAAGCUUUUCAAAUCAACUUUAUUUCAGCACUGUACUUACUGUACCUUUUAUACAGUUUAGGUUGAAAAUAUAAUUAUAUAUAUAUGUAGUGUUGUGUAGAGAUUUUCUUUGAAUUCACGGUUUUCGGUCAGCGUAUAUAGAUUAUAGUUGUCAAGAAAUGUCGACACUUAUAACAGGGCAGGAAAGUUAAUUUAUAUAAUUUGCUCACUGUCGUAGGAUAUAAAUGCUCAGUGAAGUGCAACCCGAGUGAUAUUACAGUUCCCAGCGCGCCUCAAUUUCCGUAUGUGAAAUUGUAUAUGCACAUUGAAAUUUUCUGUAGUUUUGCUCGAGUGUGUGCAAGCUUUAGCUAAUUGAGUCAACUUCAUGUUGACGACGUUGUGUUGGGUUUUUCUCAUGAAUAUAUAUUGUAUUAUGUUUCCCUGGCUCUGAAAUCGAGUUGAAACAGUGACACACUUGUGUUCUCACCAGUUGACUCGCAAUAGCUCAAUUGACAAUUAUUGGUAGAGCGUCCGCCCUGUUCCGCUGAAUGCAUAUUCGGUGUUCAAAUCCCUCAUGCAUGCUUGAUUCAACUUUAUGUCGACAACGUUGUGUUCGAGUUUUCUCAUGAAUACAUUGCAUUAUGUUUCCCUGAUGAUGGCUCUGAAAUAAAGCGUUCGCUAGUUGUUCUAGUCUUUGAUCGAUCAUGUCACGUCAAAUGUUUAAUUGAGUGUUUCAAGUGUUCUAUAGUUAAAGUUCAUAAUAUUCCUAUCACGACACGUUUAAUAGUAUAAAAGAACGUGCAAAUUGAAAGCUUUUCUACAUAUAUAAUAUUAUUAUGCAUUUAUAUCUGUUAUGCAUUUUGUAUGUAUAACAUUAUCAUAUAUAAAUAUAUUUAAAAUAUACAGUGACAGUGUAGCCUACAUAUCUGCUCUAUCUAUAUGAUAUCAGCACUGUUUGGCAUGUUGUGAACCAAACCACAUUCGUAUACAGUGAAGAAUUUGGGGUAAGAAAACCUAUACAGUAUUGAGCACUUCUGCACUGUCCGACAUUUCAUGAACCAAAAGGCAAAACACAUAAAAUAUAUGUAUAUAACAAAUACACAUGAUCAAUGUAUGUGUUGUGCUCAAUAGUAAAUUUAUUGGUACAAUGAUUGAGGUUUAGGGUAACUCAAACCAAUAUAUUAUUAAUCCAUUAUAUAAUUUAUAUUACUGUGGUUCAAAGUUCAAGUAAUGGUUCCUUAGUGAUACCAAAGGCCAAACACUCGACUCAUUUUUAAUGAAAAUAUCAGCUGUACAUACACCAAUUGUUUCAUCGAUUAUUUACAUGACAAAUACCAAAUUCAUGUGUUAUUUACUCAAGGUGGAAUAGCUGAUUUCUCCACUGAUAAAAUCAAAACAUCACUGGGGCAACAACAAACAUGAUGGAAUUGUUUUUAAGGUCAAUCUCAAGUGCGAUAAUUUCACAGAAGCACGCUAAAACGCCCAUGGCCAUGUAGCUUUUCCAACGUUAGCGAAUUUACAUAUAAUCAAACAGUUGAAUGUGAAAAAUGUCGUGAGAGGUUAAAACGUCCUGUGCGUGGUUGCGGUUUUAGAUAAGUUUUAAAUUACAGACAAGUUGAUUAAAUUUAUUGGGUAUAAUUGCCCUUCUUGUUUAGGCUACAACAAAGUUAAAUGAUUUUACCCCCUUCGGGCUAUUCAACGAACCAACAAAAGACGUUUGAGUUCGACUUAAAUACAGCAAUUAAGCUUAAAGAAAAUUUUGUUUGCCCCUGAGUGACUGAAAUUCUUUCAAAAUAUAUCUAUAUUUAUACGUUGACGCUUUCUUCGCAAAACAAUACCUUUUUGCGAUGUCAACUUCAAGUAAAGGUCAAGUCCUUAGAUAAACAUACUCUUUCCGUGUUCCACACGGUAUAUGCGAUGUCUGUUCUGGGGGUGUUUAUGCUGCUUUAGGACUUUUAAAUAACAGUUCGAUCAAUAGUGGCUUUCGAUAACUAUUUCAGUGCAAUUUAACAUUGCUAUGGUUUGGUAACUCUGAAGGUAAUUAAGAUUUAUGGCGCUUCUCGUCAGUCAACAAUAGUUUACAGCUGGUUGCAUUCAGAGUUUCGAAAUAGUUUCACGUCAAACGCCUGACAAGCGUCAACACAGCAAAAAUAUCAUCAAGGUUAAUCAGAAACUCCAUGCAUUAUUGGGAUAGUUUUGCUGUUUGUUUCGUGUGGUUAUCUAGUUCGAGCUUGAAAUACGAUAUUAGGAUUUUAUUAUACAGUGUAAUGACGUCAGCAAACACCUGAUUUCGUUCAAAACAUUGAAUCCGAAUUAUAAUUGGUUGAUCCCUUUUCACAGUUAUGAUUUAGAAAUCCGAAGGUUGUUCCUUGUAGUCCAGUUUAGGCAAAUAUGCAAUCAUCUUAAGUUAUACAUGGGCAUUGUAUUUUCGCUCAGUUAUUAAAUAUUUGCAUUAUCAAUUGUUGAAUUGAUAACCAAACCACCUGUUUGUAUAGUUUGGAUAGUAUACAUAAACGAAUAAGGACCGCAUUUUUGUAUAAUCCUAGAAAAAGCAAAGAUUAAUGAGCAAAUGAAUAAGCCAAACUUUGCAACAAGUACGAACAUUUUGGGCUUAGACCUUAGUCAUCGAUCAGUAACAAUGGUUAAUUUGGCAAAUUGCACGUGACGGUGAAGCAGCCGUAUUUUUAUAUAAACGUAAACCUUUAGCAUAGAUAAAUAUUAGAUAGUUUAAAUAUUAAAUUCUUUUCCGCCUAAAUCGUCUACAUGCAGUUCGUCUGUGCCUAUAUGCUGAAACGGGUGGUGGAUCUUACGGAUAAUCCAUCUCCGAUUAAUGUACAUAAUAAAACCUAUUUCUUCAUCUUUUCUUAUUAAUUUUUUCAUACAUAUUCUUAAUCUAAAUAAUCACUGAUCAUUCGUGGAGCUUGUAUGUUCUUUAAAGAGUUCGGUCGUGCAUUUUUUCCCAAAUUUCACCUAUAUAUUCACAAACCAUUUAUAGUAGAAGCAGAAAUUUCAUAUGCAUCGACGCACCUAUUUCGGAAAAACAUUAGUGUUUUUCUUUACCUAAUGUGAUAAAGGCUUCAAACUGUGUCUUUUAUAUUACCGUGGGUAUACGUCCGAAACCAUAUAGUGACCAUGCUUUUUUUCGCAGUUGUGCCAUAUCGUGUAAUGAAACGGUAACGAGAAAACUUAAAUGUAGUCUCUUCUCUUUUCGUGUGCGUCCAGUACCAACACGACGUCGAGCCCAUUUCACUUCAAGGUAAUGGCUAGGGUUAAUGCUAGGGUUAGGAUUGGGUUUAGGGUAAGGUUUAAGAUUGUUACAAGUGCAUUGUUAUUGAUUCUUUCAACAAUCUUGAAAAAUAGCCGCCAUCUUGAAAACCUUCUUCUCGAAAACCUCCUUCUCGUCUAUUCCUUUAGCAACUAACUUCGCUUCAAGCUUUUCCUCUUCUCUAGUUCUCUCCUUCACCUUUGUUACGCCUCCUUCCCCACUCUCAGACUCCCGUUCCUUCGCGAUUUUGGCUACUCUUUUUUUUGACAUGCUAGUAGUCAGGCAGAUAGAGGAUCAAAAUUAUGGAAAACUUACUAUAUCGUGGGACAAUUCCAUUUUUCUUUUAUAUGGUGCCCUGAAGGCUAGUAAGUCCGUUUCUGUAUGUUGGUGGCGUUAAAAUUUCUUGUGGGCUCCUGCCGACACGCAUUUCUUCGAAUUUUGUAUUAAACUCUAUUACAGGGCUAGUAUUCCAAAGGUCGUAGGUUCGAAUCCCACCGUGGCCGGGCAUAUUUUUCAAGCUCGCCCGGUGUGGAUAUACACUCAGAGUAACACCACAAAUAUCAUAUUCACCUGAGUACACUACACCAACACAGAAAACAUUCAAACUCUAUUACAGUUAAAAAUGUGAAAUUUCUGAUACAUUUCUAAUACAAAUGACUUGCAUCAAUAGAAAGCUAACAAAAAACUACAUAUGAGACAUUUAAAUGGUUAGUUGGGAUUUUCGAGCGGUUUUCGAGUUAUUCCUGUUUCAAAUGUGAAAAAUAAGCCAAAAUCUCGCAAACAUCCUGACUAGUCUCAAAACACGCAUUCAACAGCUCAUAACUCAAGAAGAACUUGAAAAACCUGGGUAACCGUUUAAAUGUCUUAUAUGUAGUUUUUUGCAAGCUUUCAAAUUAUGUAAGUCAUUUGUGUUAGAAAUCUAUUUGAAAUUUCACAUUUUUUACUGUAAUAGAGUUUAAUACAAAAUUCGAAGAAAAACGUGUUGGCAGGAGUCCACAAGAAGUUUUAACGCCGCCAACGUAUAGAAACGUCCUUACUAGCCUUCAGGGCAGGCUGAGCCUGUGGCCCUCAUGCAUAAAACAGUGACAGAACCGUCGGCUCGUAUAUUUCCAACUUUGUUCUUUACCGUAUGACUGCUGCUGCAGACGUUCGGGAGCCAUGGCGCGACGCUACCUAUAGAUACUCUAUUAAUAGUAAUCGAUACUGUAUGCCAAAUCGAGACUACCUUUAUACUCUAUUAAAAGUAAUCUAUUUGUACUGCCUAAUCGAUACUGUACUGCCAAGCAAGAUUAAACUUCACUAUUUUUGUUCACAGGUAACAAACCAAAGUUAACGGAGAAAACAACUGCCAAAUAUAUAUAUGAAGUUGGUAAAACUGCCCGUCUGAAAUGCGAUUUCUUUACCUGGAAACCUGAGUGGAAAAUGACCUGGUAUGUCCAAGGCAAGCUUGUUCAGAUGAAGAAGAAGAAAAAGUACCGACAGAAGAAUGGGAGGUCGGCAAUGUUAAGGAUUAAGAGCUUAGAACAGGCAGACACUGGAAUGUACAAGUGUGUUGCCUCGAACGUUUAUGGCGAGGUUAGCAGGCAACUGAAUUUAACCGUCGUAGGUAAGCUUCUUGUCGAACUUUAUCUUGCUUAACAUUUUUUUAAAUGCUACCGCAACGAAAUUUUCGGACCCUUUUUUAUUGGCUUGAUGAAAUUUGACGCAUACUGACAUGAUUUGCAAAACGACGAAUUUGCUGUAAAUUCGAAGAUUGCUUGAAACUUUUUCUCUUGUUUGUUUGAAAUCUGUUUCGUCAUUUACAUUGUAAAUGACACUUGGAAGUCUGACUCAUCCCCAGGCGCUCAUCCUGCAUCCAACGAUGGGAAUUCAUUCCCAUGAGCGUUUGCGUCACAUUGUGUCGAAUAUGAGGGACUGUGGAAAGUCAGUCAGGAAGUCGUGUGAAAUUUUGAACCGACUUUCCUUAGCAUCUGCUUAUAUUAGUGAGGAUGUGAAAUGUAUUGCAUUCAAUACCGUACAACUUGUAUCUAGUAAUAUACUUUUCAUUGAAAUCUCCCGAAGUUUGUAGCAUAGUUCGAAUCCCCCUUUCUUAAGGAGGAAUAAACCGUCUCAAACGGUUUGCUCUCUGAAACAGUUGUCGUAAUAAAUGGGAGGGGGGUGGACAUUGGUAAAAGGGGAACAAUUCAAAAGGGGGGAUAGGACUCCUUUGCGAACUAUGGCCGGCCAAAUUGCUAGCCAAGGCAUGAGAAAAAUAACGAUAAUUUUGUAAACCAUCUGACUACAAGCAAUGAUUCAUACUUUUAUUUCAUACUUUUGUUCAUUAAGGUGAACUCAAACCACGGGGACAACCUGGAAAGGGUAAGUACUGUAACUAGCAAUUUAAAAAUGUAAGAAAGGAGUUGCUUCAUAGUUUUGAAUCAAGUGAGCUAAUUUUGAAGACAUAAUACAGUGUAUUGCGUUGAUAGGGCAAUCUCCCGUACGCCUAUGGGCGUUAUGUUUAAAGUUAAAUUUAUUUAGGACUAGAGAUAGGAUCACAUUUAGCACUGGAUUUAGGAUUGUAUGUUAAUAUAGAAAUUGACCCCGUUUGUUGAUGAUGCAGGUCGUCCUUGGUUUCUAACGGAACAACCUGGGCAACAAUUUAUCGCUUGGCCAGCAUCUAGUGAUCUCAAACUACGUUGUCGUGCUGACGGAGAGCCUCCUCUUAAAUACCAAUGGCUGAAGGACGGCAAAGUUCUUAAAUAUCGUCGACUGGAUCCAAAGUAUGUAUUUAUAGAUGUCUAAAUCAGGGCUCGAAACUUGAAAUUUUUGUCAGUAUCCAAGUGGAUACCAGCAUCAUAGAAUCUAGUAUCCAUCCUUGAAAUAUAGUAACCCAGAUCUGGAUACUAGAUAUUCUAUUUCCAGUAUCUAAGCAAGGCAAAAUUUUACCUUGAAACCAGGCCUUCAGUUGCUGAGCAAAAACCAGGCCUUUAGUUUCAAUAAUAAAAAUAUGUAUUGAAAUUCGAAAAAAUUGAAAAUAACACACUGCGGCGAUACGAAAGAAAGCACCGUUUGUGAAAUGUUUCUUUUCUGCCAAAAUCCAUAGACAUUGAAGUUCGGAAACAUGCCAAACGUCUAGAUGAUUAUCUACUAUCGCAAAUUCUAAGUUUUACUAGUAUCCAGUUGGGAUACUGAGCUUAUGAUACCCAGUAUCCAAAAUUAAAAUCUGAUAUCCUGUGGAUAUCGGGAUACCACAAGUUUCGAGCCCUGUUUUAGGCAAUGUAUAUUUGAAUUAUUUUCCCACUCUUAUAACUGCUGGUCGCACAUCAUAUGCCGCAUGCAGAAUAGUGCCUAGUGAACCACUGAGCUCCAUUUAUAUCUAGAGUAAGAAGUGAAACCAAAGAUGGCGGAAAUUGAUGGCCACUAUUGUUUUUGUCUGUUGACACAAAGCACUUUGAUUUAAAUUAAGGAGUAAUAUUAUUGUUUUAUAAACUGUUAACAUGAUAGCGAUAUGAAAAACCUAGAAUUAACUGGGGGAAAUGGUAUAAAAACUGUUAACGACCUUCAUUGAUUUUGGCUUCACUUUUCUCGUAGGCCAAAUGACUGAAGCUCCCACUCCAGAUAUAUAGAGCUCACUGACUGAAACCCACUUACCCACCUGUACAAAGUAAUUCUAUUUCUAGUUAUAACGUCAUUUCAUUUUCACCGAAGGUUUAACGGUACGAGGUGGUAUUUAAGAAUCAAGACGGCUGUACCAUCGGACAACGGAAUUUAUAAAUGUAUUGUGUCCAACAGAUUAGGGAAUACAUCAUCACACAACAUUAAAUUGAAUGUUAUAGGUAGGUACAUUCUGGAAUAUAAAAUGUGUAUUCCAUUUGAUCCCCCACCCCCUUCAAGGUGGAAAAAAGUUGGGGGUUUGGGAUAAGAAAGCGACCCUGAAAAAGGAACAAAAGGAAAAGGGGAGGAAGGGGGAAAGGGAGAGGAAGGAAUAUAAAGUAAGCUUUUUUAAAUUCAUAGUCAGGAAUUAAACUUUCCUUCCAGAAACGUUUUGUUGCCUCAUUUCACCAUUUUGUUGUGGAGCACUUUUUAAACCUCCGAUCAUAGAUAUCUUAUAUACACUAGAUAGUGCAUCUAAUUAUUCUGCAAUUCAAAAAUUGAAGCCGUGAUUGCAGACUCAGGAUAUUCCCAUGAAAUGAGAAGACUCGUAUGUUUUCUAUUUCUUAAACAGGGAACUUAAACAUUAAGUUAAACCUAUUCCAAAUACAUUUUAAAACUAUUCAAAUGAUGAAAGUUAUUGUUGUUUUUUAAGCGUUUACCGCCAUCUAUUCAAAUGGGGGUAACCGCUGGAAUAUUCUUGGCUUCAAUUUUACUAAAAGAGAUGCGCUAUCUAGUUUAUAUAAGAUAUCUAUGCCCCCGAUGCUUUGGGCAAUUGCACCUUGCAUGUGUGAUCAAUAUUAAACGAAUCUUUAUCGCUAAAUUAGUCAUCAUUAUUACACCUCAAUAUUGAGGUACUGAAAACCGAAAUAACUUAAAUACUGGCUUUUUAAUAGAAAAAGGACCUGUACGACCGGUAUUAUCAGCGCAAUAUCCACUCAACAAAACGGCUAGAAUCGGCGAAAAUGUUACGUUUCAGUGUAUAGAACUGUUUAGUCCUAUUUUGACUGAUUACCGAUGGCUCCAUUGGAAGAAACUACCUCCCGGCUAUCCAGAUCUGGUAUUCGACGAUAACUCACCAUGGGUGAAUUCGUCUUAUUACACAAUGAUAAAUCCACGAUAUUACAGAUCGUUUGAAGUUCACAAAAAGGAUGGGAAGUAUGGAGGAAGAGUUCUGUUAAAUAAUGUUACCAAAGAAGACGAAGGAAUGUAUACUUGUCUGAUCAGUAAUCAUCUUGGCAAAGGUUGGAGAAGUGCGUUCUUAAGAGUUCUCUCUUCAGGUGGGUAUAAGAGUUUAACUGCGCAUUUAACACAUCUUGUUAACACGGUGUUCCAGUUUCCACUGAGAAGUCAAAUAGUCUUUUUAGCUUUUUAGCAAUAUUGCUUUUUAACCUUAUUUUCAAUAAUAGAGAAAUAAACCGUAUCUAUCCAUCCAUCCACCCUUAUUAAGUCUAUUAAGUCUAUGAAAAUAUGGUCUGGAAACUUGACCAAAGUCUUCGUCUUCUUAUUCGUGUUUAUGCACGCAUAAUGAAGCAACCAUCUAGUGGUAUCACCCCGUCGAGCCACCGAACCUUAAUAAUGUUGAAAUAUUAAUAAGCAAAAUUUCAAAAGAGUGUGCUCGGUGAAGCGGUCUCAACACAAACUCGUUUCUCAUUUCGCCUGGUUUCCUUCAUGUCGUAACGGCAAUCAAGAUUUAGUCACAAUCUUUCUCAACAACCGAAAUACAACAGUAUAGAACCGAAAAUAGGUAGUGUGAUUAUAAAAAGAGAAUAUUUAUGAUUUUUAUGUGGUUGGAGAUAAAAAUUAUUAUAAUCUGGCUGUUUAGAAAGACCGUGAUUCAAUCUUUACGACCGUUACGACCAUAUGGAAACCAGGCUUUGUGGACGCUUGGACGUUUGCCGAGUUUCCAGACCACAUAUCAUAUACCUAAACUUCAACUUAAAUUCCGAAUCUGAGUAUAUUUACUAACCAUUUCGUAGAUGAAGAGCCAACCGUAGGCACCGACUCUAUACCACAACGACGUGAAGAUCAUAAUAGUUCCGACAAGAUAGGACGGAACAGCGUCAUUGCCAUAAUUAUGCUUGGUGUCGUCAUCGUCCUUAUUUCUGUCUGUGUUGUUGUCGGAUUUGUCUUUUACAAGAAAAAAAUGUCGAAGAAAAUUGAAGGGAAAGUUAUGUACUCCCGAGGAUUGGAAUCGUCAAAGGAUAGUGGUUCGGGGGUAUUUGAUAGUAAACAGGAUUCAGUGCGGUUUUUUGGCCUAAAACGAAAUGGACGCUUGGAAUCCAAUAGUUCAACAAGUUCUACUUUGCCGUUGAUGUUCAGUCGACAAAAUAGUUUCCGUACUAGGCUACCAUCGAAUGGUAUCUCGAAAAUAGAUUCAGAUCUAAAUGAAGGUAGGCUAAAACAGUUUUAUGUGUGAAGUUUAACUCGAAAUAUAUUCCUCUUUUCCAUUUAUUUAGGCUCGUACAUUCUCGUAUACCGUCUUUAUUUAGCAUUCGCGUAUAUCGAUCUCUUCCAUCAUGAACCGUUGGUCCGGCUACCUCCACAAUCCUGUCACUUCAUUUUAGCCUUUAUCGUCCUGUAGAGCUUUUUCUUACGAGUUCCUUCCGUGAUCUCUCAGAUAACCUUUUCUAUCAUCUCUUCCUUCCACAAUAAUUCCAUCUUAUCCUCUGCGUUCCUCUUGAUCACCUCUUUCAUUCAUUCUAAUCCUUAGACGGAGUAGACCCCGGCUCUUCUUUUAACCUACUGGUUUGUAAGAUAUUCUCGAUUCGAAAUAACAUUGUAACUUCUUAUGUCAGCUCUCUAAUACUGCACCAUACCUCAUGAUCCACUGAUCAUAUUUUAGCUCCAUACAGCAUCACUGACGCCAGUUCUUUGAAUGUUCAAUUGCGGUCUCGUGCUCAUUUGUUUUCUUACUUUAAAUGCCUAUGCAAAUGUUAAUACACCCUUUCGAUAAUUACGUCACAACUACACUGUUUUCAACUUAGGGCGACCUUAAAUGAAAAGGAUUUCAAGUUUUUUGGUCAUUUUUUUAAGGUCAUGGCCUGGAGCCUCGUUUUCGUGUUUUAACAUAAGUUAAAACUUAUUCCCACAUUUAUUGGUCAAAAUAAAGAAUUCUUUUUCAUGCAUAGGUUGAAGAAGGAUGUUCUGCUUCUCUGUGCAUAGCCCAUGAGAAAAAAACUUGAAAUCCUUUUCAUUUAAGGUGGUCCUAAGUUGAAAACAGUGUAGUUGUGACGUAAUUAUCAAAAGGGUGUAUUCCAUAGUGCCACAAUGUUUAGUGCUUGUACCUCUCAUCUUUUCUACCGAGUUUGGAUUCCUGCAAUUUAGACAGUUACGUGUUUCCAAUGUGACUCUUCUUGUGUACCGAACACCUCCAGUUUUCUCCCAGUACGUCGGUUUCCUCUCGCAGUAACAAUGGACCGAUAAGUGAUUUCUUUACCCGACCCGUAGGGAGAAUAGAUACAGCUCUCCUCUACAGACAGAUACAGUUAACCACCAUCUUAAACAAUGCUCUUUUGCCCUUCAAGAUGAAUUUGAGUUGCCGUAUGACGAGGAGUGGGAGAUUGAUGAGAGUCAGUUAUCAAUCAAGGAAGAACCGUUAGGUGAAGGAGCAUUUGGACUGGUGAUGAAAGCAGAAGCAUAUGACCUGCCCGGAUAUCCGAAAUGUCAUACUGUUGCUGUGAAAAUGUUGAAAAGUAAGUAAUAUUUAAUGUGAUUUUUACCUUCUUAAAUCAUUGACUCGUGGGAAAUUUUAUUAUCGCCGUAAUUAAUAUAAUCACCGUUACCACAAUAUGCAUCACCACUCUCAACAUCAUCAGCGUCAUCAUAACCAAUACAUCACUACCAUGGGUAUCAUUCUGAUUAUUGCCAUCAUAAUAUUCACUUCCACUACCAUCACCACUACCAAUCACCAUCAUCAUCACCAUUAAUUACUACCAUUACUAGAUCAUUACCAUAGUCGUCAUAACCACUGCCACUAUCACCUUUAUUACUAUCAUUACCGUCAACAGUACUGUCAUCCUACAGUCAAUACCAUCUUCGGGAAUCAUCACUGUCGUCAUCAUAAAUUUGUUCCUCCUUUACAGACGACGCGACGGAAGCAGAACUCGCAGAUCUCGUGUCGGAGAUGGAAACUAUGAAGAGAAUAGGCUGUCAUAAAAAUAUUAUAAACCUCAUCGGAUGCUGUACACAGAAUGGUAAGUAAAUGUUAUAAGUUAUCAACAAUUUAUGAAGUCCUAGGUCAAAGACACAAUCUGUUACAUUUCUGCCGCAUGCUUGUUACAACGUUGCUUCAACAAAGCCAAUAUCAAUUUGUGUUUGUAUUUCAACCCUGUUUAAAGAUUGUGCUAAUAAGCCAUGUAGGUCCGUAAUUGCCUGCUUCCAGCUUGUUUGCAUAAUAUUACAGGCGUCCAACAAACUUGCUACAAGGUUGACGAGUCGACAGGCUCAUUGCCGCAACUUAUCGACAAGAUGCGAGAUGUCAUGUGUGCAGUUGGAUAAUUGUUUCAUUUCUUAAUGUCUCCUAGGCGCAUGUUUCCUAUACAUGGUAGUGGAAUACGCUCCUUAUGGUAAUCUUCGCGAGUUCUUGCGUGGCAGAAGACCGUCCAUCAUAAAUACGAAAUCGACUAGCGACACAGAGCGUCUUACACCUUCCGUAACUAUUCGAGAUUUUAUAUCUUUUGCAUUCCAAAUAUCACGAGGGAUGGAACACUUGGCGGCCAAAAAGGUAAGCAACUGCACAUAAAAGGCAAAGUAAUACGAGCUACAAAAUCGGAUUUCAUUAAAUGUUAACUGAAAAUGUUCGCACGUAAACUGGAACACCCUGGGCAACAUUAGCCAACAUUUUUUAUUAACAUGCGUUGAAACCAGAUUUUGCUGCAAGUUUGAGCAAUUUUUUUGCUCGUAUUACUUCACCUUGACAAUUAUAAUAUUAAUUUGUUCAUUUCUCAUCUGUGUUGUAUUUUUUUCUUAAGUGUAUUCACCGAGACCUGGCAGCGAGAAAUGUUCUUGUUGGCGAAGACUACGUCAUGAAAAUUGCUGAUUUCGGAUUGGCUCGUCACACACGUGACAUGGAUUACUACCGGAAGACGACAGAUGUAAGUAACGAGGCUUGAAUUUUUAUAUUCCCUGAUUUCAUGAUUUCAUAUGAUAUAUACAGUACAGUAUCCGGCGGUAUACUACUAUUGCCCUGAGCGAGAAAACAUUAGUGACUGACUGUAUUUUUGCAAUAAUUCAGGGACGCCUCCCAGUCAAAUGGCUCGCAAUCGAAGCAUUGUUUGAUAGAGUUUACACAAUACAAAGUGACGUGUGAGUAUUAAACAAUGGUGUAUAGUGCAUCUUUUACAGUACUGUAUUUUUUGUCGCCGGAUAGGGAAUGGGGCGAAAUGAGGGUAUUUGAAGUAUUUUGUGGCAAUCGCCUUAAUUUAAAUCCUAAGUGCCCAAGGAUGCAUACAUUUGUCAAGUGUCCUUAGCAGGUCAACUUUUAGUUGAACACCUUUAUUUUGAUUUUAUAUAGUUGGGCGUUUGGUGUUCUUUUAUGGGAGAUUUUCACACUAGGUAAGUGUAUUUGGAAUCGCUAUAUAAUAAGAGGUGUGCAAAUCCGAUCCGAUCCGAUGCACACCUCUAUAUAGUAUAAACCACUAUUAGAAAUAAUCGUUUAGUGUUACCCUCUUUAAAGUAUGAUAUCUAAAGUAUAUAUCUCCCCAUUCAUAUACAGUUUCUAUCUACCAUCCAUAUGAACCUUUUGUAAAAAACAAUUUAUCGUUUUUAAGGUGGUUCACCAUAUCCUGGGAUUCCAGUUCAAAAGCUAUUUGAGCUGUUAAAGAGUGGCUACAGAAUGGAAAAGCCACAAAACUGUCCGCUUCAAAUGUAAGUCAAAUUUUCGGAUGCUGCGAGUAAGUCUUCGCAACGCAUGCUUUGAAAUAACCACCUGUCAAUUCCAGGAGAUUUUCACAAACGACCGGUGUAAAAACUGCUUGCUGUACCUGUUGCCUGCGACAGGUUGAGAAAGCACCUAAGCAAAUCUCCUUUGAGAUAAGUGAAUGUUAGUUGCUUCCUAAACGGCCUUUGCGUCAAGGUGAAGCCUUCCUAGUUAGUUGCGUUGUUGUACAAGCUUGCCUAGUGCGUUGUUCAAGUAUUUUUUCUUUGUAUGCAGAUACGAAAUGAUGUUGAAAACGUGGAGCGAGAAUCCGUCGUAUCGACCGUCAUUUUCACAGUUGGAACAAGAACUUGAAAGGAUGCUGUCCAGUCUAACUAGUCAGGUAUAGUUGUUGUCUCAACAAGUACUGUAGCAGUAUUAGUACGGUGUUAUAGCGCUAAGUUAAGAAUAGUUGAGCCACUUCUCAUACUCGCUUCAUUCUCGUUGACCUCUCGGACGAUCUCGUUGGCCUCUCGGACGAUACUGAGGAGUCGUUUUAACGCCUUUGGAUUUCCAGUGUACCUUGAAACACGAUUUACUUUUAUAUACAUAUCAUUUUCUAGGAGUAUGUGGACAUUUUGGCUGAAGUUUUACCAAAUGGUGUCGAAUCAAUUUCUUCUGAUUCCGGUUGCAGCGUGGUUGAAAACAACAGCCAAUCAAAUUCAAGCUGUAAAGACGCUACGGUAUAACUGUACGAUUAAAAACUCAUCCACCAAAAGUAUGAGAAUUCUAUUCUCGCCAGAGCUCGGGCUUCGCCCCGAACACGACGAUGACCCGAAAGCUUCUCGUCCGCAGUUAAAUCUACGCACUCAAUUAACGUCCAAGACGGAUGAUAAACAAUAGCAGGUCUAUGUCUAUGAAAUAGCCAAGCUAAAAGCGCCGUACGCCCUUCUGAUUCUCCCCAAACGGUCGGCAACUCUGCGGUUUUUAUUGCGAGUCAAAUAAUAUAAUACUAUGUAUUACAUGUAAAUGAAUUUUUAACGAUAUUUUUUUUAAAUAUGUAAUUUUGUAAAUAUGGAAGAUUUAUCAUACAUAAUUAGAUUUAAAAUUAGAAUAUAUGCACGUCGAUCGUUUUCGUAUGCACUGAGCUGCGUAUAUAACUGAAGUGAUAUAUUAAAAUAUAUAUUUAUAUUGUGCACAGAAUUUGCUGGAGUGCGCACGAAACAAUAGCUUGGACUCGGGAAUGACUGUGUGAUCCUAUUUAAAUUAAAUUUAAGUCAGUGCGAGCCUCGACCUUGUACCAUUGUCUCAUGAGCACUCGAACAAAUUCGUGCAGUGACUUUACAAGUGAGCAAUUCUAAGUUUUCAAUGAAACAAUCUUCCCACUUCAGUUAUAUAUACGCAGCUCAUCGUAUACCUCGUCAUUAGGGAGCUUAAGCAAGCGAGAUCGAGAGUAACGCGAAGACGACGGCUUUCAAUACAAUGAAAUUCAUGAUAGGUCAAAGAAUUGAAUAAUUAAUAGUCUUCGUCCAUGCUCUAUUUAUAACGCCAAAAUUCAUGUUUCGCAUCCUACACACGACACUGCCAUUUCAAAUAGUCGAUAUUAAUAGUUUACCGCGAACUGGCUUCCUAUUCUCGGGUGUUAGGACAAGCCUACAUUUUCCAUACGAUCAUAUUUCAUUGCGAUACUGUUGAGCCGUUGUCAUUACGUUGCUGUCCUACAUGCUUUAAGUUUCCUAUUUAACUACGAUCUCGUCCAUGGUAUAAUCUGCAAUCAGUGACAAAGACCCUGGGCCAGUCAUUCAUUAUUUGUCUGUGCAAUGAUUUUUUGUCACUGAUUGUAGUUUGCUAACUUAAAUUAAUCAUAGUAAAUUGAAAAUUCAAUGUAAGGAUAGAAUGCCUAAAUUUCUGGUGAUUGGCGAAUGGGAUAGUUAGCUGGUAGUUACAACUGGGAGCUUUGUAGGUGGCACGUGACCAGCACGUCAUCAGCAAGUGUGUAAACACGAAAUUCUAGGCACACUGUUUUUAUUUACUUUAGCAAGUUUAUGAGAAAUAAAUAUUUAUUUAUUUGCUAAAUAAAUAAACACGGUGUUUGCACGAAACAAAACAACACAUUUGCUGGACGACCGUUGUAUAAACACAACAUGUUGGCAAGGAAUGCAGUUAGUCAGUAUUAUGCACUUUCACAAUUUGUAGUAUGGGAUUGGACAGAAAUUUUUAAUAUCAAUGUACAUAAGAUAAUAUAGUUUAUAUGCUAAAACUACUGUUGGUGUAUGCACUUUGUACAAUAAAACCCGGUGCACACAACAUGCAUACGUAAUACAAUACAGACGGACACAAUCAUUGCUAUUGUUCUCGAUAUCUUGGGUACAUUCAGGCUCAAACUCUUCCAAUCGGAAGCCAGUGUUUCCUCUAUUUAUCCCCCCUUAGCCUUCCCCCACCCCAUUCUAAUAAGCCCCAGUACAAAAUUUACACUUGUUUAGUGCCAUCCUCGUUCCCAGGCAGGCAGCCGAGAAGCCGCAGGCAGCCGAGAAGCCGCAGGCAGCCGAG